UUCUCAUUCAGAUUGUUUUUCUUCAAAAGACUGAGAAAAUACAAUCUCUGCUGGGCCUUCUUCACCAAAGCAGUGGUAUUUGCGCCCCAAGUCAGGUGCUGCUCAAAGGUAACACCCAAGAACCUAAAGACGGCCACCCUCUCCACCUGAUCUCCGUCGAUGAACAGUGGCUUAAUGUCCGUUUUAUUUCUCCUAAAGUCCACUACCAGUUCCUUGGUCUUGGCGGUGUUGAGGAUCAAGUUGUUUUCCCGACACCAGCCACAAAGCCGCUCUACCUCAUCCCUGUAGGCAGACUCAUCGUUCCUUGAGAUAAGCCCCACCACAGUAGUGUCAUCAGCAAACUUAAUGAUGGUAUUGCUGGGGUGGGUAGGGGUACAGUCUUGUGUAUAGAGGGUAUAGAGCAGGGGACUCAGCACACAGCCCUGUGGGGAGCCGUUACUGAGGGUGAGGACAGUCAACAUAUAAGAACCUACUCUAACCCUCUGCGGGCGGGCAAUCAAAAAAUCCAAAAUCCAAAGGCAUAUGGAGCUUUUCCAGGAAGCAUAAUCUUUUCUGCACUAGGAAGCAUCUUACCUUCUCACAAACCUACCAGGAGGCCAUCUGAGGCUGCAGCUACAGACCUGGAUGAACUCGCUGACACCGGGACAUCAUACGUCAGCUUCUGUGAGGACCUUUUGCACAAACUCCAGUUCACAAUGGAACUCAAGCAGCUUCAUCGAGCCAAGGAGGAGGCCUACAGUCAUGGGGACAGGAUCUUGUACAGGCAGGCCAGGAACACACUCACAAGGGAGAUGAUCAUAGUAGCUAUAAGGAGCUACAUCCCCCCACCCUCAUCCCCGUGGCCUCUUUCAGAGACAAAAGAUAACGAAGGCACCAGGCCCAGACAGUGACAGGAGCUCUUCUCCCUCUACACCAACAACUGUACCUCAGAGGACCCCCUUGUUAAAGUCCUAAAGUUCACAGACGGUCAUUGGUCUCAUUUGAGACAGUGACGAGGCAGCCUACUGACAUGAGGUUGAGCAGCUGGUCCAUAUGGUCGCAACAACCUGGAGCUGAACAUGCUGAACUUACCAUGUGACUUCUCUCUGGGAACCUCAUUACAAACAUUUUACCUCCUGACUACCAAAUUAGGAAUCGUUUAUCCUCUUGCUUCCUAUCCUCACUUCCUAUUUAAGAAGCCUUCUUUUCACAUCUUACCUCAUUAGGAAGCUAGAUGGUUCUUUGCCUUCUUACUUCAUUACUGGGAUGCUCCCUUACUGUGCUUCUUGCUUCCUCACUAGAAAUCUUCAAUUCCUCUUUACUACAAAAGCUAUGAUGCUUUUUAUCUCCUCUCUUUGAAAUGAGGAGCCUUCCUUAACUCCUCACGUCCUUUCUAGAAAGCUGCCUGCCCUGUGUUUUUGUCCUUCAAUUAAAAGUCUCUGAUUUCUUUAAUCUCUAGUUGGGGACACUGAUAUUUGUUUCUUCACUGACUCCCUCCAGCACAUAUGCUCAUCCAUAUUUAAUGUGCGGUGUCUGGCGGCCAUGUGUGUGGGUACGACUGUGUAGAAAUGAAAUGGUCGGCACGGAUUAGUGUAUAUAUAGCAGUGUGUAUAUAACUGUGCUGUGUGCGGCUCCCUGCUGUCUGCCACCAUCUGCUGCUUUCUGAAGCUGAAUCAGAGUCGAGGACAUGGCGGAGGAGCAGAUCCCAAACACUCCAGCGACAGGAAACAUUUUACUGUUGCUAGGAAACAAAUUAAAACCACAGGAAGCAUAAAAAACAUGUCUGCCGACCCUGUUUCUGAAACCACAAUUUACAAUCUGAGUUUGGUUAGGAAGCUUCUUAGGCAGGGGGUCGGGAGGCUACAAAAGCUUCCUACUUAAUCACCAAAGAAGCAAGCAGAUAGGGAGCUUAGGUAAUGUGGAUGUGAAGAUGUGUCCUAGUUUGACAGUAAGGAUGAAAAGAGCUCUCUAAUAAGGAAACAAGAAGGAACACAUGCUUCUUGGUUAGGUAGUGAGGUGAUAAGAAGCUUCCUUUUGAGGAACUAAAGAAGUUAAUGCUUCCUAGUGAGGAAAUAGGACAUAGUUAGAUAAGUAAUGAACGUUGCUGCUGAGGUUAUAAGGUGGUAAAAAGGAAGGAAGCAAGUAAGCAGAAAAAGAUAUCUCCUCCUAAACUGUGUCCUGGCUGGGGAGCUUAGAGGUCGAGGAGAUGAGUGAGCAGAGGGUGUUUACAUGUUUACAGAGCUUCAUGCCUUCUGAUAUUCUUACAAGUGUCAGCACCAGUGACGGUAAAUUUGAUUGUGUGCGAGCAGAGUGUUUACAGGUGGGAACGGGAGUCUGCAGGUUAUGAUCAGACUUUACUGUGUAUCAAGUAUAUUCUGAUGCUUAUAAUUUUCUACUUGGAUUGUUACUUGAGGCAAAGUAUUUCUACACUGUGGUAUUACUUUUUUUACUUGAGUAAAAACAUGUAUGCACUUCUUCCAACUGGUUUUUCCACAGGCGUGAGGGAAACCGACACUUUCAGCUUCACUGUAAAUGUUUCAGUUGAGUAUUGACAGUAGUUCUCUGGGGGGCCAGGACACAGACCUGCCUUGCCCAGGCCUCAGCAGCCAGCGUCAGCAGUAUUAAAAUAGUGUGAACCAUAACAUGUUGCUUGAUCCUGUCUGCAGCUCGGCCGCCAUGUCUAAAGCCACGGUGAAGAAGCUGCACUGGCGCUCCAAGGUGCAGGAGAGCUUCGUCCCGCUGGGCGGGGGCUCAGGGGAGCUGGGGCUGGCCAUCGGCGGGGGGGCCGACUACGGCGAGUUCCCAUUUGUCACAGCAGCCCCUGGUGGUGGGGCCACAGUUGGUGACAUCAUCUUAGAAAUUGGCGGGACGCCCGUAUUGGGGAUGACCCUUGGUGAUGUCAGAGGAGUUCUCAACUCUUGUCCUCAUCCAAUCAGGAUCAAGACUGUCUCACCAGGCUCUUCUCUGUGUAAGGACCUCAGGUUAUACCUCAGCAAGUGUUUCACUCCGGGCUCCAUGGACAGUCACCUGCAGCAGCUCAUCAGGGAGAACCUGUACCUGCGUGCUGUCCCCUGUACGACCAGACAGCCCCGGGACGGAGAGAUCUCAGGUGUGGACUACAACUUUGUGUCCAUCGAGGAGUUUUUCUCUUUGGAGGAGUCUGGAGCUCUGCUGGAGAGUGGCAAGUUCAAAGGGAACUACUACGGGACGCCCCGGCCCGUCCACAUUGGCCCGGAGAGUCCACCAAUCACGUACCAGGAGCAUCGAAACCUGCUCAGGAACUUCAGGACAAGGAGCAAAUCUCUGAGUAACCUGGAGAAAGCUGUGGAGGAGGGAGACAUCAGCGAGGAGGACAGUGCACUGUCGGCAGGUUCAGCCGGUGCCCCGCCCACCACACUGCCUCACAGUCAGUCAUGGGAGUCAGCAGCGGGGAGCCGGGAGGGGAUGGAGAACGGAAGUGGAGGAGGAAGAGGACUAGGGAGAGGAAGAGGAGGAGGUCCGCUGCCUGAGAACUGGGAGAUGGCCUUCAGUGAUUCAGGAGAGCCGUACUACAUCGAUCAUAAAUCAAAGACGACCAGCUGGCUGGAUCCUCGAGCUCAGAACAAAGAGACAACCUCCUGCACAGAACUCCCAGAGUUCACGGAGCAGCCCAGUCAGCUGAGGGGUUACUCCAUUCACACUCGACUCUCCAAAGGUCCUCGAGGUUUUGGCUUCAACAUUGUUGGGGGAAGUCGCCCCCGAGAGUUUCUACAGGUGUAUAGUGUCACACCUGGAGGACCGCCUGCCCUCAAUACAGCCGACAUCCUGGUCUACAUCAACAACACCUGUGUGUUGGGUCGCUCUCACAAAGAGGUGGUGGAGAUGCUGAAGUCUGUGCCAAUGGGUCAGAGCGUGGAUGUGGUGCUGAGGAGGGGAUACCCGAUGCUCUAUAACCCCGACGGCUGUCCCAAGCAGAGUCUGGAGACGCCACAAACCCCCAGCAAGCCCUCCAACCCCCCCAGCCUGAACCAGCACCUGACCUACAGCCGCACAGCGGACACCAACGGCAUCACGCCAGAACUGGGCCAAACCCCACCCUCGUACACUGCUCAACCAAUGACAAACGGGCUGGCAGGUCCAACCACCCCCACUUCCUCUGACCCCCUGCUGGGUCCACCACCUCCUUCAGACAAGACAACAGCCAAUCACAGUGAAUCUGAUGGCGGCCUGUCCAAUACAGGAACUCGAAGGUCUUCUCUGAUUCGCUACAGCAGCAGCAGCACUCUCCCCGCACUCUCCUCCUCCUCCCUUCUUCACCGCCAGAGCUCCAAGUCUUCAGAGAGCAAUCUCUCUACAUCCACCCUCCCCAUCACCUCUUUGUCCUCCCAUACUCUGCCUAAACUGCCCCUCUCUCAGCCGGAGAUGGGGCUCCUCCCAAACUCCACCAGCCUCACUGCCGCCAGCAACACCCCCUCUUCCUCCUCUACACCUCCAGGAGCCCCUGUGCAACGCCCACCGAUGCCCCAAACCACCCUCGCCCUAACCCCACCCAGAGACACCCCCCCUUGUGGGUUUAAUGGGUGUCCAGCCAGUCACCAAGCACCCUCCCCAGCCUCCAGAGGAAACCCAGGGCUGAUGCUCCCUCUCGGAUCAGUGUCACCUGGGUCAACUCCUGGUGGAGAGUUGGUGCCAGUGGCCCUCGGGCGCAAUGAAGGUGGGGGUCUGGGGUUCAGUGUGACAGCGGGGGGCCAAGGGGGUCAGCUGGUAGUGGUGAGGCGGGUCUGGGAUCGAAGGCAGUGCCCCUCUCUGCAGCCGGGUGAUGCUAUAGUGAAGAUCAACGGAGCAGACGUACAGAGCCUGAGCUUCUCCCAGGUCCAGAGAGUCUUGCAGGAGCACACCAAACAGGGAGAGGUGGUGCUACUGGUCUACAGAGCAGGUCCUGUCUCCUCUCCAGUCAUCAACCCCAACCUCUACAAGCCCCUCACCCCCCCUCACGGCCUGCCCAAUGCCACUUGCUCCCACCCCCCCACUUCUACUGACUUGCCUUCCCCCUCCACUGGUGCCUUGGUUGGGAGUGCACCCCCACUCAGCCAGGCCGGCUUGGCCCUUGAAAGUUCGCAGGAAGAGCACCUACUGCCCCCAUUGACCCACCAAGGGCCCCCUCCAGCCCAGACACCUAACGGGCCCCCAGCCUCGGCUCUCAUCCAGAGCACCAGCUUCCUGGACUCAGUUCCUGUGACACUGACCUUAGAGCCACGUGAUUUGCUGGGAUUGGAGGAGAGUGUCGGUGGGCCUCUUCUAGUCAGAGGGGGAGGUAUGGGAGGAGCACCGGGGGCAGUCACCAAGGACGCCAGAGGUGGAGGAAAGACCAUGGAGGUGGAGCUGAGGAGGCGACCUGGCGAAGGCUUCGGAUUCGUGAUCGCCUCUCAGGAAGUGACCAGUGGGGCCCCCUCCCUGAUGUCUCACCGGUUUGUGACGGUACGUCGCGGCAGCCCGGCGGCUCGCAGCGGGCAGAUCCAGCCCGGAGACCAGCUGGAGGCAGUGGAGGGCCGGCCGGUUGAAGGUCUGCAGCACCGAGACCUGGCCCAGAUCCUGCGGCGAGCCGGAAACAUGCUGAGACUGAGCAUCAUGCCAAAACACCAUUCCUCUCUGUCAGAAGGAGCAGACCUGGAUAUUGAUGGCCGAGUGAUGAAAGGAUCCAGAGGGAGGUCAAAGGAUGAGUCCAGGUUCUACAGUGUGGAUCUGGAACGAGGUCCAACUGGUUUCGGUUUCUCUUUGAGGGGGGGUAGUGAGUACAACAUGGGACUGUAUGUACUGGGACUGAUGGAGGGGGGGCCAGCCCAACGCAGCAACAAGAUACAGGUGUCAGACCAGCUGGUGGAGAUCAAUGGAGACAGUACAACGGGAAUGACUCAUAGUCAGGCUGUGGAGCAGAUCCAAAAAGGAGGACAUCAGAUCCAUCUCAUCCUCAAGAAAGGAAACGGAUACGUGCCUGACUACGGCCCUGAGGAAGGAGCCCUCUCCCUCUCCUCUUCACACACAGAGAAGCGGAAUGUGGAUAUGGUAACCAAGACAACCGCCUCCCUCAGCUGGCAGAGGGGAGAAGGACAUAUAGGUGUUAAAGGAGGAGGAGAGCGGAGGAGGAGAGAGGGAGAAACCAAACAACAAACAGGAAGAGGAGGAGGGUUAGGGCCUCCAGACCUGGACCUGGACCAGGUGCAGGAGAAGGCAUGGGAGGAGGAACAGAGGAGGGACAAGGGCCUAAAGGAGAGGAGGCAGCUAGAGAAAGAGGAGAGAAGAAGGAAGGAGGAAGAGGAGGACAGAAAGAGAAAAGGUCAGACUGUCAGGCAGAAAAAGCAGGACGAUCAGAGAGAGCAGGGGAGGAGGAGCAGGAGCUUACCCAGGAAUGGUGCUGGACCCUGGCACACGUUGCUGCCAGAGGUGGGCGUGGAGAUGGAGGAGAUGGGAGGAGGAGCGAGGGAGAGGAAGAGGAGGAGUGAGAUGAAGAGCGGGAGAAAAGGGAGAGAGGCUGACAGAGAGAAGAGAGAUGUGAGCGCCACCCUCCAUGCAAAGCAUUCUGGGAGCUCAGCUGCAGCUCAGAGAGCAGUGUUUUCCUUCCUCAUGCCGAUGGACGAUGACAUGCCCCAGCGUCAGUCCGACACCGAAUCAGCAGCCAGCUUCUCAGAGAUCAGCGAAUCAGCAGCUAGCAUCGCCACCAUGGGCUGGAGGGAGGAUUUGGAUUGGAUAAGAGCUGAGUCGUCAUGGCGACAGGAGAACACUCCAGGCCCCUGGCUGAAGCCGAGCCCCCACAAACUAACACAGGUUCUGAUUGGCAGUCGGCUUGGUGGGCGGGGACUGGCAGGUGGGCUCUCUCUCUGAUUGGCCACUCUGUCCAAUAGUGAGAAUGUUUUUUUUUUGUUUUUUUUUAUUAGCUGAACUCUGUUUUUUUUCCUUGGCUACUUAUAAGGGCUUUUUUGAUAGGCCUGCUAAGAGAGGACCCACCUCUCGCUGCAUCUGAUUGGAUGACAGCAAACAAUUUUUUCUGAUUGGAGGACAACAAGCAAGCAGACAGAGUUGUUUCUGAUAAACUGGUGGGUGGAUUUUGAGGCCUCUGAUUGGCCAGUGGCUUAACAGUUGCACACAGAGCCAAUACCUGAACCAACCAUCUAUUUUACCCAUCAUCCCUCAGUGCGUCCAGAGACUUGGAUCAUUAUGUUAGAUCAGCUGUUUUUGGGAUUAACUCAGGUGGUCCUCUUUUAUCCAGGGUAGAUCACCAUGGUAACUGAUGCUACCUGUUCCAGAGUGGAUGAACUAAGCCUGACUACUGACCAAUCAGAUCAGUGAGUCUAAUUACCUACAGGAGCCUGUCAGGGACAAAUGUUUAUAACAAAGAACAACAGAUCUUUUUAAAGGGUUUAAGAGCAUAAAUGUGACUCAGCUGUAUCCUGAGCUGCAGCAACUGUCACAUGAUUGGCUGCAUCUGUGUCACAUGAUGUGGAAACGUCACCAGAGUCAGUCAGAAACCAGCGUCACCACCAGUUGAUAUCAGGAUCACUCAUACUGGACUGAUGGUGCACGCUCCGGGCAUCAUCCUCUGAACUAUUGUAUGCAAACAUGUGAACCUUUCAGCCCUCCACCACUGACUGCUCUCUCCCUCUCUGUGUAACCUGAGCAUGUGCAUAUCAAUGGAAUGAUUUUUUAUUUUUAUAAAGCCAAAUAUUUAAACACUCAAUGGCAUUAUUAUUAUCACUAGAGAUGAAACAGAACCUGAGAUGACCUGAUGCCUGCUUGCUUGUAAAGAAGAAUAAACACCAAUGGAGCCAUACACACUCACACAGAUGUCAGGUCCAGCUGUGGUCCACUUGGCUCAAUAAAGACAGUGUCACCGUGGCAACAUGGCCGACAGGAUGGAUAGCGUGUUUCUAUAGCAACAGCCAUGGCAGAGCACGGACUGUGGCCAACAAGGCCAACGACCUGCAGCUCUGGAUCAUAAAAAGUGCCUCAUUUUAUUUUCAGCCUCCAUCCUGCACACCGAGAGCACGGCUGCAGGCGGAGACACAGAACCACCUCCUCCCAUCAUACACCACCCGUCUGUGCCUCACAUUAACUCACUGGCUUUAUUUUAGCCUUCAUCAGCAUUUCAGCACAUAGACCUCAUGUCCACAGUCUCCAUCUUGUCUGUCAGAAGUGAAUUAUUUCCAUUACACAUUUGUUUUUCCGUUAGCUAACUACUCAGUCUGUCUACACAGUACCACUUCAGGUUUCCCACAGACAACAUGAGCACCUUUCAUUCCUGCAUUAAUUGCUUUGAGUUGCAGCUACAACAGUUAAGUCAAUGAAUUGACCAAGUGUCUCAGCAACGUCUUCUACUCUAUUGACAUUCUUCAGUGGUACAUCAGAAUUAAAUAUCUUUCCUCCAGUGCACAGAUUAAAAACUAGAAAUAUAUCUAUAUUGCAAAGAGAAAAUGAACUAUAAUUAUAUAAAAAGAAAAAUAUAAUCUAAUAAUUGUUUUGUUUAAAGCAAAAAUCAUAUCUCUUGUUCCUGCUUGUCAAACUUGUCUUGCAUGGUCAGAAAUUAAAUAUUGGGACUGUUGGUCAAACAAAACAAAGUCACUUUGGGCCGUUAAAAUUAAACAGGGUGUUUUCACCAUUUUAUAAACAAAACAAUGUGUUAGAAUCGCUCACCCAUGGGGAGUGAGCGAAUAAAGAACGGACCUAGAUGGCUGACUUCGGUGCAAAGGAUUUAAUGGGUGCUAUACAGUAUAUACAAGUGCAGUAGGUGUAACAACAGAGAAGGGAAAAUAUGGUCUAUGGAACCGGGUGCCGACCAGCACGGUGACAGUCAAUCGGGGGUAUUAGAGUCAAUGGGCCGAGCUGUGGAAACAAGAAAAGGUCACUCACUGGCUGGUCGGUGGAGGUGGAAACAGGUUGCAGAGACGCAGUAGUAGACGGUGAGGAGUAGAGGUGGUUUAAAGGACUGUGCAUUGACCUGGGCUGGUGGAGGCUGGAAGGGCAGUGAGGCGUCCGGGGAAGGCUGCUCAUGGCGGCAGUGAUAGGAGGAACAUGAUACCAGGACGAGGAACCGGGAGUUAGGCAGGUAAAAUCCAGGAUACACACUACAGGGAAUUAAAAAGGCGUGAAAGAAAGAAACAGGGCUGGUUGUCAGCAAGAGAGUAGCGAAAGAACUGGCAACUGAAAGGAAUGUGAGCUGGGCUUAAAUAGAGUGAAGGACUAAGUGAAUGCAACUAGUACUGAUUAAGAAAUGUGUGGCAGGUGUGCAAAGUGGAGUGAAGAUAGACAGACGAAGAAAGAAAGGGA